AUGGCGAAAGAACACCGUACAUUUAAAGAGGAGUGCAGUUAUAUUGAGCGCUUAAACGAAAACUCGUUUCUUAUCAAGAAAGGCUUUGUCCCAAACAUGAAGACUUGUCUGCAUCCUGUUGGAGGCGUCAUAGGCUUGGAGACGACUCGAAACUUCUUUGUUGCACUGACAUCGCGAGUCCGCCAUCUUGGAACACGUGCGAAGGGAUAUUUUGGUACAGACCUAACUCGAUAUCCCAAUUCUGUUUCUACAUUUAAUAUCUCAAGAUUGGUACAAUGUGGAGACAUCGAAAUAAACCCUGGACCAGGACAGUCAUUAUCUCCGGGAUUAUCCACAACUCGCAAAAAACCUCUUUGGAAGUGCCCUUGUGAUGUAUGUACGAAGCCGGUUCGCUCCAAUCAGAAAGGGAUUCUCUGCGAUGGUUGUAACAAAUGGUUCCACCUAAAGUGCAUUACCAUGGAUCUACAGGCUUAUAUUGACUUGGGGUCUUCUGAUGAGCAGUGGUUCUGUGACAAAAAUUGUGGGUGGCCUUUUAACUUCACUGAUUCAUUCUUUGAAUCGUCCUUCUCAACUGGGCAGAAUGUAAGCUUAAGCUCUGAUGUCUCUGCGGAAUCUUCUCCUCGCUCUGCUAAUGGCUUCUCUAAGUGCUUACUAUUAAAUACGAGGAGUAUUCGAAACAAGAUCAACGACCUAAAUGCUCUGUUAUUAAUGGACUCCUUUGACAUUGUUGCCUUGACGGAGACUUGGUUAGACAAUGAAUUUGAUGACCGUGAUCUACAUCUUGAGGGUUAUAGUAUCCAUCGUCGGGAUAGACGUGGUAAGCGUGGUGGAGGAGUGUUGCUCGCAACUAAAUCACACCUGCCAUGUGUACGGAGACACGAUCUUGAGGUAAAUGCGGAGAUGCUAGCCUGUGAAUUAAAGACCAGUAAUACACGAUGUCUAUUAUUUGCAGUUUUUUACAGACCACCAGACGUCGAAGAGACGUUCUUGGAUGAAUUCAGGAGAUUUCUCAAUAAAGCUUCUGGUACAGGAAUCGCUGAUUUAAUUAUCACUGGCGAUUUUAAUUUUCCCUGUGUCGAUUGGUCUACUGGAUCACCAACUAGUUUAGACAAUUUGACUGAAACUUUUUGUGAAAUCCUGGAUGACCAUUUUCUCACCCAAACAAACCCAUAUAUCACCCGUCCCAGUGCCACUAAUACCUUAUCAUCUGGUAACAUCUUAGACCUUGUGUUGACGAAUCAUGAAUCACUCAUCGAAGGAACUACUGUGCACCCAAAUGGAUUUGAUUCAGACCAUUUCCCAGUCUGUUUCGCGAUCAAGAAAAAGUUCAACAGGCCCAAAAACAGUCAAAGAUUAGUUUACCGAUAUGAUAAAGCUGACAUUGAUGGUCUAAGAAAUACAUUCUCUCACAUUUUAUGGGAUUCCUAUAUAUCUUGUGAGGACAUUGACUCAGGUACGGCGAAUUUCCAAGAUCUUGUUCUCGCGGCAGUCAAUCAACAUGUACCAAAGAUGAAGCUUAGACGCAAGCCAAGACCUCCAUGGAUAGAUAAAGAGGUCUUAAAGUUAAGCAAGAGACUGCCAGAAGUAAUAACUUACUCUGGCAAAGCCAGGUCUGCUAAAGAUCCUGUGGAAAAAGCUUCCCUGUUCAAUGAAUUCUUCAGCUCCGUGUUCUCUACAAAAACAUCAAACUCUGACAGCUCUCAUGUUGAUGUGAUCAACCCUAACUUAUUGAUGGAUAUAUUCACUUCGUACAGUGAAGUAAAGAAUAUCCUCUGCAACUUAGACAUUAAUAAAGCAACUGGAGUAGAUGGCAUUCCUGCGAGGAUAUUGAGGGACUGUGCAGAGGAGCUAUCUUACCCAUUGGUUCUACUGUUUAAUUUGUCGUUCAGGUGUGGGAGAGUUCCUUCUUCAUGGAAAAGAGCUAAUGUCACUCCUGUGUUUAAAUCAGAUGCUAAAGAUGUGGUAGAGAAUUAUCGAUCUAUAUCCCUGUUAUCGAUUCCAAGUAAAUGCCAAGAGAAGAUUGUAUAUAAUGCCAUAUAUCCUCAUGUGGCCCCUUACCUGACAGAUUGGCAACAUGGUUUCAUAAGGGGUCGCUCGUGUGCUACCCAGUUGGUAUUAACACACCAUCAGUGGACAAAGGCCUUGGAUGAUGGACUACAGGUGGAUGUUGUGUUCUUAGAUUUUUCUAAGGCAUUUGACAGAGUAUCACACGAUAUACUCCUUUUGAAGUUGUGUAAUUUCGGCAUCUCUGGUAGCCUACUAAGAUGGUGCGAGGAUUAUUUGACCCACAGAGAGCAAAGGGGUGUUAUUGAGGGACAGAGUUCUGCCUGGUCUGUCAUCCCAUCCGGUGUACCACAGGGCUCCCUACUAGGGCCAUUAUUUUUUGUAAUAUUCAUUAGUGAUUUGCCUAAUGUGGUUAUGCCUGGAAACACAAUCGCAUUGUACGCAGAUGAUUGUAAAACAUCAAGACUGAUAAACUGUACAUCAGACCAACAUGAUUUUCAAUCUGACCUGAAUAAUCUACACAUCUGGAGUCAGCGAAAUCUAAUGGAUUUUAAUGUAAAGAAAUGCAAACUGAUGCGUAUCACGAAAAAAAGUAUGCCUUUUCGUUUUGACCUUAAGCUGAAUGAGAGCUCUCUGGAAGAAACAUCUGAAUUCUGUGAUCUUGGAUUAGUUACUA